UGUGUCCUAGGCUAGGAGUAGAUGAACGCGUGCAUGUGUGUCGCUACUCCGGGCUGUGCCAUGAUUUCAUUAUCUGUUGAAUGUGAGCAAUGCGAGACCUUCAGCCGAAAUGGACAUGGAUCAGCCGCACAUCAACAGCUGUCUGAUGAGGCUCUGUCACGGCCCUCGGUUGCUGAACUUGCCGGAAGGUUCAAAGGUUCACCUCCUCCACAAGAUGCUGCAGUCAGAGAAACGGAAAAGCCUGUUAGACGUCGACCUCCUCGCUCCUUGCAACUGCCCAAAAUCCAUGGAGACGAGCAGGAGAGGCCCACUGGUGUCACCUCUCCUGUAAAAGUCAAGAGGAACUCCGCUCUGAUUGAGAAGCUUCAGGCCAACCUUGCUCUGUCGCCCUCAGCCCUGCUGCCCUCUCCCAAGAGUCCUGGCUUUAGGCUGAUGCCGCCCUUCAGCCCUCCGCCAUCCCCUAGCCCCACGGCGGGCACCCCUUCAUCUACACUGAGCCCUUCCAGCCCCGUCUCCAUGUGUUUGUCGGUGACGGAGGAGGAAGGGCCGACCUCAUUUGAAGCCCCUCCCACAGCUGCGGAGGGCUCUCUCCUGAGCAGCGUCAACAAGGGUCGAGCUCGCCACUCCCUCAGGCGACGCCCUCCAUCCCGUCGUCAUAGAAAGUCCAGCAGUGGUGAUGAGCAGACAGACCCACCCUCGAGCCAACCGGACCAUGAAACAACAGAGCGAGAUGGAGAAGGAAGAAUCUUCAACAAUGAAAAUGGAGGAGAUGUUGAAGAAAGCAAAACCGAAACAAAUUGUGACAACAAUCUCCGAAGAGAAGAUCAUAACGACGAUGAGGAGGAGGGUGGAGAAGACCAGAUGACUGGAGAUGGAGUCAGCGAGGAGGAAGGAAACAAGGAGAAAAGCUCAGGAGAUGAUCAAAACAACAACCAAAAAGACCUAACAAGCAAUGGUUCCACAUGUUAGAGUUGAAGUCCAGGACCAAAACUCGAUUCAUCCAUUGGGGUCUGGUUUGGAAGGAAGCACUCAAAGAGUGCAGAAACAAACUUUUUUUUUUUUGUUUUCAUGUUUUAUAGAAUCGCUGCUGGCUGUCUCAAAGAUGGCGGAAACUCUUACGAUGGAUCCUUGUGCUGCCUUUUUUACACUGCUGUAUUUGUUUGUUUUCACAGGCUACUAACGAAACUCGAUUGUUGAUCCUUUUCCCUUCGUCAAUGUUUUUAUUGUAUAAAACUACCACAUUUACUGUACAAUGUGAUUGAUUUCUUACGGCAUUCCUCAAACCAUCGCUCAAGGUUUUGGGAAUCAAACUCGCCAUGUUUUUAUUAUGAACUCAGGGAGGCUAUAAAUUCAGAAUUCGAACAGAAGUAGUAAGGUCGUAGCAUUCGUUUUUUUUUUAUGCCAACUCAAAUAUGAGUAAU